UAUCAAGGGUUGUUUGAUUAAUCAAGGGUUGUUUGAUUAACGAGAUUAAAAAAAUGCAUAUACCAGGUAAUGUCAGGCCUACUCAUAGUAAGAUAUUAUCAAGCUUCCCCACAAGUUGUUGAUGCCUGCAUCAUCCAAGGGUGCUUUUCUCUUUUCUUCAAGCUUAUGAUUCUUUUCUAUUGGACUAGUUGCGGUCUUCCUGAGCCGGGUGUCUACCGGAAACAGCCUCUCUACCUCAUCCGAGGUAGUGAUAUGGACUGCGUAUACUUACUCUCCCCAGACCUCACUUUGUGGAAUACACUGGGUAUGUUGUUGUUGUUGUUGGGCUAAUUGUGGGCUUGGGGUCAUGGAACGACCAUAGAACGUUGGUCAACAAGUGGAACACAUUAGCUAUUCGUUCUCAGGUUGAGCAGUCAGGGUCAGAGAGGGGCAACCUAAGUUGUGUGGACUCUUCGCUUUCGAUGCCGCACCCAUGUCAGAUUCUCCAAAAAUACACUAGCUUUGGCAAAUCCGACACGCACCCGUUGACAUUUUUGAAGAGUCCGAGCAACAUAGCGGGCAACGAGUCACCCUUAAAACCAAUGUUCUUAAGACCAAAGAGUCGGGCGGAAAGGGGGGAAAGCCCUCCAUUCCUAGUUCUCUGGUUGUUUGAUCCUACGGAACCACAAAAAUCCUUAGUUAGAAUGAGAUUCCAACUCAACACCUUUUUGAGUGAGAUUUUGAGAAGAGUUGCUCUUUGGAGAGUACGAUGAAAAUUGUUCAUCGGUAACUAUGUUCGGGAGGGAGUUAUUGUCUAUCGCUGGCCUCUAACUAGUGAGGGUGAUUGUUCUUAUAGUUUACACACUUUUGUAUUGCCGCUUCUUACUGUUGUAUUUAUGUUAAUGUACUUUCCAAUGAUACGUAAAGAAGGUACUUCUGGACCUUUAUAAAUAGAGAAAAGAAAAAUAUACUAAAUAUUUGUAAUCAAUCAUUAUCACUUGGUGGAGGAAUAUAUAGUAUUUCAUUCCUACAAGUAUGGAUUGUUGAACAUAAUAAGACAUGGAUUUGGAUUUUCUCUUUAACUAUUCAUGUCAACUAGACCGGGGGAUUGAAGGGAAUUUUGUGAAGAGAAAAUGGAUUAUCAGCUGGAAGUCAUGUCCCUGGCUAGUAGAGAAAUGUAACUAUCCUUGUGACGUCUUGCCUAGAUGCAUUCCUUCGUUAAGUGAAGUUCUCAUUUGAGGAUUUGAGAGGAUUCCAUCCAGCUCUUAAUCAGCAAAAGGAGUACAAUUAUUUACCCCUCUAUAACUUUAUCUACAGACUGAAUGUGUCCUCAGUGACUCAGUCUUGAAGUUAGAAUAGAUAUCAUACUAUUUUCUACAAAUGCUCGAACACAAGCUUGUUGCUGUAGGAGGAUCUCUAUUAUCCUCACCCAUGGGUUCAAGAUUUGAUGUGGGACAGUCUCUACAUAUGUACGAGCCUCUAUUGACUCAUUGGUCCUUCAACAAGCUGAGAAAUAAAGCUCUUGAAGUUACCAUGAGACAUAUACAUCACGAAGACGAGAAUAGUUGGUACAUCACCAUUGGAUGUGGCGAAAAAGUGUUGUGUAUGCUUGCAUGUUGGGUUGAGGAUCCAAAUGGCAGUUAUUUCAAAAAACAUCUUGCUCGGAUUCCAGAUUUUUUAUGGGUAGCUGAAGAUGGAAUGAAAAUGCAGUUUCGGUAGUCAAGCAUGGGGUGCUAGUUUUGCUAUUCAAGCACUAUUGGCUAGUGAGAUGAAUGAUGAGAUAUCAGAUACUCUUAGAAAAGGACAUGACUUCUUAAAAAAAUCUCAGGUGAAAGACAAUCCUUCUGGUGAUUUUAAAGGAAUAUAUCGGCAUAUCUCAAAAGGAUCAUGGACUUUUUCAUAUCAAGAUCAUGGAUGGCAAAUAUCUGAAGGUACUGCCGAAGCAUCAAGGUGCUGCCUUCUCUUCUCUACAAUGCCUUCCGAACUAGUUGAUGAGGCAAUGGAACCUGCACGGCUGUAUGAGUCGUUACUCAAUCCUAUUGAAUUUGUGGCGAACGUUGUCAUUGAGCAUGAGUCUGUUGAGUGUACUGGCUUGUCAAUCCAAGCACUUCCUCUGUUUAAGAAGCUAUACCCUGGACACCGAACCAAAGAGAUUGAUAAUUUCAUUGAUAAUGCUGUUAAAUAUAUUGAAGAUGUACAGAAGCCUGAUGGUUCAUGGUAUAUGGUAUUUCUCUUGAGAGCCCUUGAACUUUCUGCUCUAUUGAUACAUAUGACACGAGUAAUCAUGUUAACAGGUAUCUGGGGUGUGUGCUUCACAUAUGCUGCCUGGUUUGCUCUUGGAGGGCUUGCUGCAGCACGCAAGUCGUACAGCAGUUGUGCAGCUGUUUGUAAAGGCGUUGAAUUUCUUCUAAGAACACAAAGGUCUGAUGGCAGUUGGGGAGAAAGCUACCAUUCUUGUCCUGACAAGGUAUACAGGGAACUAGAAACAGAUCACUCAAAUCUUGUACAAACUGCAUGGGCAUUGAUGGGAUUGAUUCAUUUUGGACAGGCUGAUAGAGAUCCAAGGCCUCUCCACCGUGCGGCAAGGCUGUUGAUUAAUUCUCAAAUGGAAGAUGGUGACUUCCCACAGCAGGUAGUUACAAAGCGGAGAUAGAUGAUACAUACAGUCG